GAACUAUUUUAACUGUGGUCAAUUCAUACAUUUUCAGAGAUUCUGUCCGCAUCCUCCACGCAAUCAAGUCUCAAAUCCCAACUCUGCUUUAGUCCCUGUUCAACCCUUGUUGGCUCUCCCAAACUCUACUCCUACUUUCAAUAAUACCAACAGUCAGUCCUUCCAUUCUGGACGAGGAGCUGGCGGAUGGUACCAGACUAAUGUUCGACUUAGAUCUUUGGAGAGCGAUAUGAUGGCGAUUAAGGCAAAGCAAGAGGCUGAAGAGGCAAAGAAGAAGGCAAUGAAAGAAGAAGAGAAGAAAGCGGCACGUCAGAAGGAAGAAGAUGAACGAAAAGAGAAUGAACGAAAGGAGCGUCUUGACUUUCAGAAGAUGAUGGGCGAUACAAUGAAUGAACGUUUUGACCAGAUGAGGAGAGAUUUGUUGUCAGGAAAAGACAAGGACAAAAAAUCCGAGAUUGAGAAGAUACGCAAGAAAAUGAAAAGUUUGCGACAGAUGCAAUUCACGACAGGAGUAACUGCUGGCAGUGGAGGCGUUUCACCAGGAGUAGCCGCGAAACGUGUUCGAGAAAUUGAAGAAGCCAGUCGGAAAACACAAGAAGAAAACGAUAAGCGGUUUGAAAGCAUGGAGGAAAAGAUUCGGAUGCUGACAAAGGAACGAGAUGAGGCCCUAGUUGCUGCCGAAAACUGGAAGAAUGAAGCCUUUCGACCAGGAUCAAAGAGAGGAGGGAUUGUGAUUGAAGCCACUCCGUCGACGCAGACACGUGUACGACCUCGAUGUGCUUCCCCAAGAACGGUGAAGAAGACCCAUGCGGCGGAGAUGGCAGCCUGCCACGCAAGAAAGGUAGCUACCCUCAAGGAGCUUCGGGCAGAAGCCCUACAAGAAAAAAAGGACAAAGAAUGUGAAGUUGCCAAACUCAAGGAGAAGUUGGCAAGGCUUGAGAUGGAGCGGAAACAAAAAGGACCAGGAACAGACUUACGUGAGAAGAUGGACGAGGCAGCACGUACUUCCGGUUGCAGAUCAGGAAAAGGGAAAGAGAAAAAUGAUCAUGCGGAGCAGUCAACCAAAGCGAAUGAUAGGGAGAAUUUCAUUAUUGAGAAUAGAAGGAUUCUAAAACCGUUAAAGAAGGAUGCGAUUUUUGCCAUUUGUCUACAAGAAGGGAUUAUCUACUCGACGCUUGAUCGUACGAAGGAAGACAUCAUCAACAAACGUGUGCAGUUGGCAUUUGGCGACGAGCAUGCCGACAACAAAAUCGUCAUCGAAGACGUGUCUGAAGAAUCACGGGGGGAAGAUGGUGACUAGGACCUAGUUGGGGUUUCUGAGACGUCCUCUUAGAGUCAAUCCCGAACGC